GCAUUACCAAGCUCAGAUUCCUCUUUAUAUUUUCCUGAGGAGAAUUUGAACGCCAUACUCGGGUUCAAGGGUGAUGAGCAGCCUGGGAGCAUGAACAUAGGAGGGAGACACCUCCAACUCAAAUCUAUGGAGAAUCAUGGAGAGAGCUACCUUCAGCUCAACGAGUGCCAGCCACCAUUCUCCCUGUUGUUAAGAAAAAAACACCAUGUCCUGGUGACUCUGCUACUGUGUAAUGCUGCUGCCAUGGAGGCCCUUCCUUUAUCUCUUGAUAAAAUCUUUAAUCCAGUUGCCGCAGUUAUCUUGUCGGUAACAUUCGUUCUGUUUUUUGGAGAGAUUUUGGAUUGUGCGCUUGGACAUGCUGAUUUGUCACUUUUUAGGCGUGCUCAAUUUAAGGCAUUCAUUUCUAUUCAUAGCAAAGAGACUGCUGAGGAAGCAAUGACACCAAUUGAAUCAACAUUCUCAUUAGAUGUCAAUUCCAAAUUGGAUUGGUGA